AACAAGUGUUGAACAAGGAAAGGCUCUAAAUUUGACUCCAAACAAAGCUUCAUCACUCACUAUAUAUAUAAAGCAAAGCCCACAGUCACAUACUCACAUAUCACCUUCUCAUUUUCCUCAUCUAUUACCUCCCUUUCUUAGUCACUUUCCACACACUUCACUUCUACUACUUGCAAACAUUAGCACACACUCUACUCUACACAUUUUAACUAGUACUAUGAGUAGUGUUCUUGCCUUUGACAUGGAAACCUCAUCACAAGACUUCAUCAUGGAGGAGGCGCAGAGGCAGAUCAUCCGCGGAAAACGUACCAAACGUCCAAGGCCUUGCACCACCACCUCUACCUCCUCAAGCGGUGGAGACAGAUAUCAGGAAAAUGAUGGUUAUUCUUCUGUGCUCACCCCUCAGAGCUGCGAAAACUCUGCCUCCACGGAAGAAGAUGAAGAUAUGGCGAAUUGUUUGAUUCUCUUGGCACAGAGCGGCAGUAGCUUCAACCUGAAACAAGAUCAUAACGAUGAGAAUUAUACUAAAAAGUUCCAUAGUCAGAAAUUCAGCGAGAAUUCAAGAAAAACAGAGUCUGAGGCCUACGAAUGCAAGACUUGUAACCGAAGCUUCCCUUCGUUUCAAGCUCUUGGGGGUCACCGCGCAAGCCACAAGAAGCCUAAAAACAAUCUCGACGAAAAGAAAGCCCUCAUCACAACAAUAUUGCACGAUAAAGAAGAUCAAGAACUCAAUUUCAAGAAGAUGAGUCCAUCAAACUCACCACAAAAGGCUAAAGUUCACGAGUGUUCUAUCUGUGGCUCCGAAUUCUCGUCAGGCCAAGCUUUGGGAGGUCACAUGAGAAGACACAGAAUUCCAACAACAAAUCCUAACAGUACUAUGAUGAAUCAUGAAGAUCAAAAACCAAGAAACCAUCUUCUGCAACUGGAUCUCAAUCUGCCAGCACCUGAGGAUGAUCAUUUCGAUUCGAAAUUUCAAUUUGUAUUCACAGCACCUGCCUUAGUAGAUUGUCAUUACUAAGAACAAGCAACAGAGUUGUAUAGUAUAUUAUGAUUUAUACAAGUGAAAUUGAUUGAUGUAAAUUCUUAUUGUAUUAAUACUCAGACGAUCCUAAUAAGUCCUGCUCCUAACACGGCGUCUAAAGAUGGGCGGAACUGAUACACUCGUCGAUAUUUUAACGACACGGGUAAUCUAACACAACCGUACAAAUAUUCAAAUGUCAUAAAAUAAAAAUAUUCGGUUGGGGAAGUUUUCAAAAGGGUGUUCCCAUGUUGAUGAGCUACUUGUUGAAGUUCUUUGAGUAAGUAAGUGGCUAGUGUUCAU